AUGUCCCCGCGACACGGCUCCCUCGCCCGCGAGGAGGCCGUCGCCGCGAAGCAGCGCCAGACGCUCGACGGCAUCAACGGCCGCUUUGCGAGCGGCCACCCUUCGAGUGACCCCGACCGGAUGGGACUCUUCGUGCACGUCUGGGACAAUACGGAGGACGUGGCGGGGCGGCAGAGCUGGCUGCCCUGCUCGGCGGAGGCGGCGAACCGCGCCGGCGACGAUUCGGCCGCCCUCGACCAGUACCGUGAGCCGGGCCGCUGCCUUGCGAUGAACCCGCGCGACCGGCUGCCCACCGGGCUGCUCUUCCGCUCAAUGCGCCGGCCCGGGCUCGCCUCGGACCUGAUCCCGCUGCCGCUCGGCGGCGGGCGGCGCGGCGGCGUCAUCCUUCGCCCGCGGCCAGGCGAGGUGCGGUGCGGAUUCGGGUGCGGCAGCCGCAUGCGGCAGAGGCCGGGCGAAGCGAGCCCUCCAAGCAUUGACUCGAGAGUGGCCGAGUGUGGCAGGUACGACGGCUCCACGCGGUGGAGGCCGGACGGGUGCUUCUGCAAGGCCGAGCGGCGAGGGGCGCUGCGGCGGUGGAACGGCGCGCCGUGCGACUUCGCAUGCAACGCCUCGGCGGCGGUCGCCGGCGGCGGCGCCUGCUUUGAGAGCGGCGCGGCCUGGCCGCCACGGCACUUCCCGACGCUGCUGCGGGAGCUCAGCCGGCGGAGAGAGGCGGCCGCCGCGGCGCAGCGGCGCACGAGCCGCUGCUACGAGUUUGUGGCGAGUCCGACGGCCGAGGGGCGCGCGAUGAAGCGCGGAGCGCCCUUCCUCGUCGAGGCCUUCUUCCACCCGGCCGGUCCGGCGCCAUGCGGGUGCCCGCAGGCCGCCACCGAUCGCGGCGAACCCUCUGCCAACCGCAGCGGCUGUCCGCCUGCAGACUGCGCCGCCGCGGCGGAGCAGGAGCGGCAGGCGAGGCGCCGCUUCCUGCGGAGGUACGGGCUGGGCGAGGCGCGCGCGCCGCUGCUGUGGCUGCACCGGGACCGCUGGUCGGAGCCUUUCUCGCUAGACUCGGACGGCUAG